AUGGAAAACAAAAUAUCUUUUUUUCGCGAGUAUGAUAACGUCAAAGAGAAAGUAGAAUUGGUAAGACGGUGUCUUGACCAGGAUGACGAUAACGAAGUGAUAAAAAAUUUGACCCCCAUUUUGGAAAAUUUAAAUUAUUUAAACAAUUGCCUGAAUAGCUAUAGGGAAGCCAAAACGGUGUUGGACCCGCACCUGACUCUGCUGGUGGAGCCAUUUUUAGACUUUUUAAAGAGAAGCUUCACCCGGUUGGCAAGGAUUCUAUCUUAUUUUAAGAAGCAAUCAGGGGAAGCAAAUGGAGGUCGGGACGAGAUAAGCAGCAGGGUAGCUUCUGGCGAAAGGCCACUUUCAAAUGAUGUGGGAGGUCGCCAAGAAGGGGAAAAGCAAAUGGGUCGGAGUAGAAACGGUCAGGAAAAGACGCGCAUGGAGUCAAACGGGGAAAUAGAAAACGGCCGUGCAAGUCACGCCGAAAGGGAACAGAACGGACAGAGUAACAAAAUUUUAGAUGACACGAAGGCGAAGGAAGAAGAAACCCACCUGAAGAUGUACACAGUGAUAGAGGAGGUAUACAAAUACUACAACACACUGAUAUCCGUGAGGGGGGAAAAAAAAAUUAAAACUCUAUUUCCAUGUGACUCAUUCUGCUUAAGCAAUAUAGUGGACCUGUUGCUCAAACUGAAAGAAGAGGAACUCGUUUUUAAGAAGCUGACGAACUUUAAGUCAAAUACAAUGGACGAUGGAAACAACGCGUGGGUAAUUUUGUACAUCCUACUCAUAUGGCUGUCAUUCUGCAUGUACAUCCCCUUUAACCUACUGUCUGUCAGUAGGAAUAUACUAAUCAACAUUGAAGAAAUAUUUUACUACUACGUGGGGAAGAACGACAAAGCGAAGGAAGCAUGUUCUAUAUUGUAUGCUCAAUUUUUAAGGAGGGACGAUGUGCAUAAAGAGAAAAUUUACUUCACCAACUUUAUUCUUUUUUCCAAAGAACUUAUGAUAAAAUUGGUGGAAAUAGACUCCUUAGCUGAGAAAAAAACACAACUUCAGGAUGACUUCUUUGUAGUGACAAGUGCAAACAUUGGUUCCCCCAACUGUUGCGUCAAAUUCAGCAAUUUAGUUUUAUGCGGAAUUUUACUGACUCAUAAAAGGUUGCUGAAAAGUGGUGAGAAAAGGCUGUUAAAAAAUUACACCAAUUUUUAUAAUUUUUUUUUUAUUCAAAAUCAUGCCCGUUUGGACUUUACGCAGAUGUCCAAGGCAUUGAAGAUUCUUUGCCUCGGUUAUUACGCCUUGUUAUUUUUGGAGAAACCUGCCGGAAUGGCGCUGCCAAGGGGGGAGGAAGCUAAUAAUGGGGAGGUUACUAAUAAUAAGGAGGCGGCUAAUAAUGGGGAGGGAGCUAAUAAUGAGGCUGCUAAUAAUGAGGCGUCUUCCCAGGGGGGACCGCCCCCCUCACCGCUUCACUCCGACCUGUUCGAGAAAUUCCCUCUCUUCUUAAACAUCAACGAGGUGUUCACCAUGUACCAGAAGGAGACCAAGGUGGGGUGGAGUCCACAGCCCAAAAGAGAAGAACAAGUCAUUCCCACAAAUGCACAGAAAAAAUAUACCUGCGAAAAGGACAUCCUACAAAUAUUGAACCUCCUGUUGUACUAUUUUAACGACAGUAGUACCUACAUUCGGUGGUGCCUCUCCAAAAGCUUCGGAAACAUAUUAUCCCAUCUGAGCAUGCAAAACGUGCGUUUAAUCAUAACAAAAUUCAACGAGCUAGCCAAAUACAAGGAGUACAACAUUUCGUGCACCAUUAAUUACACCUUAUUUCAUUACCUCUUUGGAAAGACAACCCUCUGCACAGAAAUUAUUAACUUCCUUCUUCGGAAAAUCGUCGAAAGUUUGUACACAAAUAAAGAUAAAAUUUUUGCGAGCACAUUUGUUCUGUUGUAUAGUCUGUUGAAGUAUAAUAAGUUUAUUCAGAUGCGCUAUGAGCAGAAUGAGAAGGGGAUCCGAUUUUUUUCCUUCCACUUGAUAUUCACCAAAUUGAUAGUUCUGUCUUUAUUCGAGGAUAAUAUCAACUUGAGGAAAUCUGCCAUGUCGCUGCUGCAGAUUUUUAUUGGCAAGUUUAACUUUUUUUACCAAUUUGAUGGGCAUUCAGUGGGUGAUACCUUGGCGGGUUCUUCCCCCCACAACAGGGAGAUAUUCUUCAACGAUAUGGUGCAUUUUGUGAGUCUGUUUUUUAUCGGCGAUGUGGUAAGUGCCUACUAUGAGGGGCUGCAGAAGGGGCAGCUGGGGGGCGCGGCACAGGAGUAUGGCGGUGUAACACAGGGGGAUAACGGUGUAGGAGGGGCAGAAAGCAGCGCUGCAAAAGAAGGAGGCUUCUCAGAAGCCCAAACCCACUUGGAUACCAGAAAACUUCUAGAGGAAUCCAAAAAGGACAUAUUCAACGCGAACAUUGACAUCCUCUCUACCUGCAACUUCAGCGAACUGAUCAAUUUGAAGAAAUCCAUCAUCAUAAAAACGAAAGAUGUAUGCAAAUUCAUUUUGUACAAAUACCCAGUGAUUUUCCACUUAUAUUCCUUUAAGCUUUUUCACGAAAAUGUGAAUAUCAGAUUGUUGGCAGCGGAAUCACUAGCUAAUCUCUCCGCCCACAAUGGAGACUACUUCAUAAAGGUGGUUCUUCCCUUCUUGGUGAAAAAAAGCUAUGAAGAGAAUGUAUGCAUAAAGCAUGGAUCGGUUAUAUGCAUUUCCAAAAUAUUGUUAAAGUUGAAGCAACAUAUCGAUGAAAAGUUACAAAACGAAAUAAAAGAAAUUAUCAUUUUUAACGAAAAAAGAAGGAUAUAUAAAUUGAAAAAGGGAGAAAUUUUACGGCAUUCAAUAUGUCUGCUGAUACAAAGCAUAUGCCAAUGUGAUUACUUCUUGGUGAAGGAGAACACACACUCAUUCUUUCUGGACGUUUUACAAAAUAAUUUAUUCCAUUACAAUGAAAUUAUACAAUAUGAAGCAUCCAAGAUCUUCUUCUACAUGCCCAUCUAUUUGUUAGGAAGAAACAAGGCCAUUCAUUACCUAUACAAUAAUGUUCUUUUGAAAAUUGUAAAGGAGAAGGAUAAUUUCCUCCAUUUGAAGGGUUACUUUAUUCUCCUUCUAUUCGUUAGCGAGGAGAUCCUUCCAGACGUUGCUUCCGACUUGAUUAAACUGUUUUAUUAUGUCUUAAAGAAGUGUUCCUCCUAUUAUAGGAUAAAGAAUACUCUCCUGAAGAAGGAUUAUCAGAUGAGCUCCUCACCUGCUCCCAGUAUGGAUGAACCGAAUGUAAAAAAUGAUAAUAAUCCUAUCCGGAAUGAUCCCUUUUUUUUUAAAAAAAUCAACUUUGAGUUAUACCCCAUUGAUUUUAACAUGAAGAUAUUUUGCCUCCUCGCUUUGUUUAACGUGGUGGACAAAUUGAGGAGAAGGUACAUCUCCCAGUUUUUAAUCCUUUACGAGGAAUGCACUACCAGCUUUAGGGGCAUCGUCAGGUCCAAAAAGGGGCGAGGUGCAGAAAAGAGUGCCCGCCUUAACAGCUGUGAAAGCAGCACGGGGCGCACCUCGCCUUCCAACAUAACCAUUAGCAGUGAAGACUCGGAUGGAGAAUCCUGGGCGCAAGACAGCCUAUACAGUGGCGCGUGUGCACAUGGGUACUCUGGCGAGGAAGGUGACGGUGGAGGUACGACUGCUGGGAAGGAGUGGCCUUCCUUCGGGGACAACUCAACCAUCGAAAGUGAUCGCGAAGUGGAUUCCACAAAGUUGAAGCCCCGAUGCGACACAAAGGUGGAAGUAAAUGGCAUAGCUCCGCAAAAGAAAAGGGAAAAACCAAGAAACACUUCCUUUUACGUGAAGGAAAAAGUCAAGCUUGUUAAGAAGAAUAUAACCUGGGAGCAGGUCAUAGAGGAGGGGAAAAAACAAAACAAGGAUGUUUUUCCGCUCUCAUUAAACAUUAACAAAGUAGCGAAAGUAUUGAUUCUCUACUUACAGGAAUAUGUGUACGAAAGUGACAUAGGAGAUUCCCACGUGUUCGUUAGGGAGAUAUGUCUGGGGCUUACCGCGUUCCUGUUAACAUCAUACCCGCUGUACUUUUUCAAGAGGAGUGGUAAAAUUGUACAGAGGAGGAGCAAAGGGAGAAGCAGGGCGAGGCAGACAGAACCUGAGGCAACAUCUAAGGUACUCGUGGAACCGCAGCAAAGGGGUGUAAAGAACGAGCUAACCCCAGCUGUAGGAACAAACGGGGAGAACCACACGCAGGAAGAACCCACCCCGGAUUACUUCUACCAGCGAUUCGACUCGGAUGACAGUGGGGAGGACGAAAGUAGCAAUGGAGAGGAUGGAAGCAGCCAUGGAGAUGACGGAAGCAGCAAUGGGGAGGGCCAAGUUGUCCUUAUGUACGUCCUCUUUGAAGUUAAAAAAAAAUACAUAAACAUACUAACCCAGUUGCUGCUAAAACUAUUAUGCGAAAAAAAUAUCAGGACAAAUAAAAUGUGCUUAUUCCUUUUGAAUUACCUGUACAAUUAUGCCACUUUUGAUUCCUUUGGAAAGAUGGAGACGUUCGAAUUCUCCAACGUUCUCAACAAAUACUGCCAUGACUUCCCAUACGAACUUUACCUUAAAAAGAAAAUGGACGAAAAUAUUAGAAAAAGUAAGCGUAACAUUUAUCACUACUUGAGGACGUCCUGCACGAAUAUUCACGAUGUCUUUGAUAAUGUAACGGUCCACUUGUGUGAUUAUUACGAGCCGAUAUAUUUGAAGACCCAUGGGGGGGCAGCCCCGAGUGUGAGGUAUACCAAUCAUUCGAAUGAGAAGAGGCUAAGGAUUCCCCCGGGGGGAACCACCAACAAUCCCUGUACUUGCACAUACGAAGAAGAAAUCACCACACUGUUCCUGAACCGCCCGUACAAGUAUGGGCUCCUCAAGACUGUUUUUAACAAAAUUAAUAAUUUCAUCUAUUUGUACAACUACGCUUUGAAGUACACGAGCUUUUCCGUUUUCCACAAGAACAAGUUCGCUUCUACGAGGAAGGGCCGCAUGCGCGGUCAGGCCUGCUCGGACGACACCAGGGAUUACAACCCUGUUGGAGGGGCCGCUCCAAUUGGUAACACCUUUACCCAUGGUAACGCCCCCCGGGGAGACCUCCAAUUCGAGAACAUUCUCAUCAACAACGACUUCCUAGACGACAUAAACCUAAGCGAAAGUGAAGAAAAGGUAUCCAUCGAAGAGGAAAAUUUAAUAAAAGACGUCCAUUUCCUGUUGGACAAGACGAAAAAAAAUAUCAGCGUAAUUAAGUGCUUGGAGUAUAGCGAAACGUAUCUUUACAGUCACAUUUUUUACCUCCUGUUCUUAAAUAAAUAUAAUUACUAUCUCAUCAGCGGUUUUUUUAACACCCUGUAUUACUACACCUCGCACACCGAGUAUAGCAAUUAUGCAUACACGAAUGUGAUGAAGAUGGGAAGGGAGAAAUCCAUUGAAUUUUUAUUUUUCGAUUUCCUCGUCCGAUACAAAGAUGUGUAUACCUUUGGCUACAUCCGGGACGACGUCCUGUUUCUGUAUAUUAGGUACUACAGGAAGUUUUAUAUGGGCUGCAACUACGCGGAGGUCGGUGAGAUCAUCCGUGUGUUGAACGAGGGGAGGGCUGGGCGCAGAAGCCACAACGGGGGUGGUUACGACACAUGUAUAAAUAAAAAUGACGAUGUGGAUACGGAUAAGCAUAAAGAUGAUGACGCGCGGGGAGACCCCGCUGAAGGAACCGCCCCUAGCAGCGCGCGGGAACCCCCACUUGCCCUCCACCUGCACAACAUCAACUUAGGCGAAAUACUUUCACUCGAAAAAAGAGAAGACCAGUUUGACUUUUUAAAAAAUAUAUUUCAUAACUAUAACAUAUUCUUCGACAGAAAUGUAAUUUUUUUGACUGACGAAGAAUGCGGCGGUGGGGGUGACAUGAAAUGCAUGUUAAAAGGGGAAAAGAAAAAAAAGAAAGAAAAAAAGAGACAGGGAAAUAAACAAAUAAAACAAAAAUAUCAAGACAAAAUUGAAUUAUUAGAAUAUGUCAACAUUUGCUUAAUUAAAAUUUUAUACUACUUGAAUAAUUUCAACUUAAUACAACUGGAGACAUUUUUAAAAAGUGUUAACUCUUUUGUGAAGUUUUCCCUGAUGAAUAAUUUUGCGGCCUUUUGUUUUUUAAACUUCUUCCUUUCCACCUUCGAAAAAUACGGAACCUUUGCGCUCGUUCGAACGAUUUCCGAGUUGACAAUAAAUAUUUUCAUGUGUGGUACUCUGCACUUAAAUGUUAAGCGGCUGGCCUUCUUCCUGGUCCUGCACAUGCUCCUGCACAGAUACCCCAAGAUACGGGAAUUCACCAACGAGUACCUCUACGCGAACGUUAAUUUUAUUUCCCCUGACGAGGGAAGCGGUUAG